AUGGCAAACCUAGAUGCCAAUGGGUGGAAUCAAGCAUAUAAUCCAAUGGCACACAUGAUCUGGGACUAUGCUGGGACCCCUGGGCCUACAAGAUACAUGACUGAAGAUGAAGUGAAGGGGGCCAAAGCCAAGCAAUACUUUCAACUGUUUUUCACUCCUGAUGUCAUGCAGCACAUUCUUGAUGAAACUAAUGGUUAUGCCAAUAGACAAAGGGCACAGAAUCCACAGAAGCAUAGGUCCAAAUGGUAUGAUGUAUCUAUGCCUGAGCUAGAAAUUUUCCUUGGUAUGACAUUGCUGAUGGGCAUCAUUCGUCUUCCUAUUUACCACAUGUACUUUCAAACAGAACAUAAGUUACUUGCUACCAACAUUGCAGAUCCUAUGGCCAGGGACAGAUUUCUUCAGAUCAAACGCUAUCUCCAUGUUGCUGAUGAGACUGUAGCUGACCCAGAUGAUAAACUGAGAAAGGUGAGACCAUUAUUGGAUUUGGUCACCCCCCAUUUCGCUGAAGAAUAUGUGAUGGAUCAGGAGACGGCAAUUGAUGAGGCGAUGAUUCCUUACAAGAGGAGACUGAACAUCAAACAAUACAUGUCUGCCAAACCAACAAAAUGGGGAAUCAAGGUAUGGUGCUUGAAUGAGGCUAGGACUGGAUAUGGUUGGCGACUUCAGGUUUACACUGGGGCAGGGGCGGAUGGCGUACCAGAGACAAAUCAAACCACAAGGGUUGUCCUUGACCUGAUGUUUGGUUUAGGUGAUCAAGGCUAUCAUCUGUAUACAGACAAUUUGUACACCAGCCCCAUACUUGCUUCUAUCCUACAGCAGAAUCAUAUCUACACUUGUGGCACAAUCAGGGUAUACCCACACCCCAGGCGAUACUUCCCAAGAGAAAUCGUUGUCACAAAGAAUGAGGCGAAACAGCUGGACCGUGGCAACUAUGUCUGGAGAACCAAUGGUCCCCAAGUUGCCAUGAGGUGGAUGGAUAAAAAACCAGUCUAUCUGCUCUCAACCAUUCAGAUAUGA